GUGUUGUUCUCACUGCGUAUGUUAUUGACCUUUAUAUAGAGUUGUCGUAGCUGCAGAUACUGGUGACAGAAGCGAGCAGUGCUGCUAUCAGUGAACAGUUCGAAACCUUUCGCUCCGGUUUCCCUUGUAGAGACAGUGGUGAUAUUGUCAUUUGUAGGAAAUCUGGAUUGAUAUCUAGAGACAGUGCCUACCUGCGUGGUAAUUCUGGAAGCAAUAGGUAAUUUUCCUUCUACUAUAAACACAAGGUCUGAAAUUUUGUAGGAAAGGGCUAGUUGAUCAUAUGAACCCCACUGCUCAGCUACUACUUGUUUUACUGAGCCUGGAAGGAAAAAAAGGAUAAGUCGGCUUCUGUAACAUUUGAAUGCAGUAAACAAUAUUGGCAUUUGUAGGGGUCCUGACUUGACAUCAAGAGACAGUGGUGACAUCUGUGGAAAAUUCUGAAAGUGGAAUUUGCGGGUAUCCUUCAUAAGUGGACGGUCAUCCGAGGAGAGGACAUUACUGGACAGUCAUAGUGGACAGACCUGACAACGUCUCUCGUUACCCACGAAUAGCAAAAUCAACCCAACUACCCACAACAAAGAGCCAAGAUGUUCCAGUUUCCUUCUACCAUUCCAACCGUGACCACAGUGCUGCUAUUAACCCUUACUACAAUUCUGACCGUUGCCUCAAACCAGCAAUUUUAUACAGGCAGCUACAGAUCUUUGGCUCCUGGGUAUUCCUACCGUUACCUUCAGGAACCUCCGACAGAACAAUUCUUCUCCACUCGAUGUCUACUGAAAUGUGCCGCGAUUUCUCUAAGCAGCCAAUCGAAAUUCUUCACUUACAACAAUGUCAGCCGUGUUUGUAAGAAUUACUCACCGAAAGAUAUUAUGACAGUUGUCAGAACAAACGACCGCAACGAGAUGUCCUUCUACAGAAAUACCCAAUGGAUUAAAACUUAUGCCAUAUCAAUGGGAGCUCGUUCAAAAGUCUUUAAAUCAUUCAUGAAUAUAGGAAGUCCUUCAACCUGGAAUGUGGACAAAUGCAGAGGUGUCUUUUGUCCCAACUUCUUCCGACAUCCUAUCCUUGAUUUCUGGAAACAUCUUCCAAUUGAGGAGGUGAAACUGGUGAUUUAUAAAAACCAAACACCUGUUGUGACUAUGAUUUUUGAUGGACGAAAUUCAAACCUUGAAAGCUGGUUCUCUCAUGCAAACUUGAAAAGUUCUCCAUGGGAUGACCUAUCUUCAGCCAACCCAAAGUUUUUCCAAAUGAAGGGAGUUUUCGGUGUACGUCGCUUCUAUAUAACGAACCACAACGGUGGCUGUUCUGUUGAGAGUGGCUGGCUAGCCCUAAACGAAGCUGGAGUAUACUGUGCAUAUGAUAAAAUGAAUCACUUCCCUGCAAUUCGUUAUUCUGAUGCAAAAUCGAGAACCAUCUGGAACAACGGUUAUGCAUUAGCAGACUCCAUGGCCAUAUUCAUCCGCCUGAGGCAGCAGAACUAACCUAGCACAUGAUACCCAUUGAUACUAUUGUUGUUGUUAACGCCCAUCCAAUCCAGCUGACCACCACUAGUGAUCCGCAUAGGUCAAGUAAUACCUGUUAAUAAAGAAUCCAUAAAAAAUAUUGGUGAUCUUUCGUAUUGAGUCGACAAUUUAUAAGCAGGCUUCUUCGGUAAUUUCUGUGAACACGUGAUCUCUUGUCAACUGCGUGCUUCUUCUGUCUGACGUGUCGAAGUGGAAGGGGAAGCUAAUGGACCUACGUCUGUGUGUGUGUGUGCGUGCUUCUUUUUGUGUGUGUGUGAGUGCUUGUUCUGUUUUUAUGUAUUUAUGGGUGUGGAAUGUAGAUAUAAAAGCCUUGCGUAUUUUUUCUUACCUGCUUCAUGUGUUUAAGUAAAAUCUGCAAAUUUCCAAAAAGAAAACAAGAUCGACGUCGAAAAAGCCAUCUCAGUUAUAGUACACAGGCACACACACACAAGAACAAACUCAUACAAUCAUACACUCGUUAGCUUCUUCUUCCUCUUCGACACGUCAAUCAGAACAAGCACGCAGUUGGCAAGACAACACGUGCUCACGGAAACUAACGAAUAUUUUGUUUUCAUUCGUCUACUCAAAACGAAGCUAUGCCAAACUAUUCCAUCCAA